AAGCUGCCAGGAGAGCUUCGCUGACCACUCGCGUGACCUGACUAGCGGCUCCACGCCAAACACGCAGGUGAGCUCAAAGUGUGCCGGAGAGGAAAAAUAUCAAUGAAUAUGUAUUACAAUAUUGACUUGAUUUUUUUCAUGUGGCGCAAUCUAUAUUGAUCAUUUGUGUUUUUGCAUUUGCAACGGCAGCAGCGGCAGUCAAAAGUGAGAGGAUGCAGUUACCAUGGCGACCCUGCCUGAGCGAUCCCCGGCCCGUGAUUGGCUGAUUGGGUGGGGGUGGGGGGGCGGUGAGUAGGCGGGGAGCUGAACCUGGAGAGGAGCCGCUCUUCAUCAUCCCUGUCUUCUUCAUCAUCUUCUGGCUUGUGCAGAAACGGACAAGUUCUGCUUCUUCUCCUCCUCCAUCCAGCUGCUGACCUUCAUCAUCAUCAUCAUCUUCCUCCCCUCCCUGACCCUCGCCCUGCCGGGUCACCAUGGCAACGGUCAUUUGCACGCGUUUCACGGAGGAGUAUCAGCUGUACGAGGAGCUGGGAAAGGGCGCGUUCUCAGUGGUGCGCCGCUGCGUGAAGGUUUUGUCGGGUCAGGAGUUCGCCGCCAAGAUCAUCAACACCAAGAAGCUGUCGGCCCGAGAUCAUCAAAAGUUGGACCGCGAAGCUCGAAUUUGCCGCCUGCUCAAGCACCCCAACAUCGUGCGGCUUCAUGACAGCAUUUCGGAGGAGGCUCAUCAUUACCUCAUCUUUGACUUGGUGACAGGCGGCGAGUUGUUCGAAGACAUCGUCGCCAGAGAAUAUUACAGCGAAGCCGACGCCAGCCACUGCAUCCAGCAAAUUCUGGAGGCGGUGCUUCACUGUCACCAGAUGGGCGUCGUCCACCGAGACCUGAAGCCCGAGAAUUUGCUGCUGGCCUCCAAGUCCAAGGGGGCGGCGGUCAAGCUGGCCGACUUCGGGCUCGCCAUCGAAGUGGAGGGCGAGCAGCAGGCCUGGUUUGGCUUCGCAGGGACUCCCGGAUACCUCUCCCCUGAAGUUCUUCGGAAGGAUCCAUACGGGAAAGCCGUCGACCUUUGGGCCUGUGGUGUGAUCCUGUACAUCCUUCUGGUGGGCUAUCCUCCCUUCUGGGAUGAAGACCAGCACCGUCUGUAUCAGCAGAUCAAAGCGGGGGCGUACGACUUCCCGUCCCCCGAGUGGGACACGGUGACCCCCGAGGCCAAAGACCUCAUCAACAAGAUGUUGACCAUCAAUCCGGCCAAGCGCAUCUCGGCUGCCGAGGCCCUCAAACACCCUUGGAUCUCUCAUCGCUCCACGGUGGCGUCCUGCAUGCAUCGACAGGAGACGGUGGAAUGUCUGAAGAAGUUUAACGCCCGCCGCAAGCUGAAGGGCGCCAUCUUGACGACCAUGUUGGCCACCCGCAACUUCUCAGGAGGAAAGAGCGGGAACAAGAAGACGGACGGCGUCAAGGAGUCGUCGGAGAGCACGAACACCACUAUUGAGGAUGAGGACACUAGAGUGAGGAAGCAGGACAUCAUCAAAGUGACGGAGAUGCUGAUCGAGGCCAUCAGUAACGGCGACUUUGAGAGCUACACCAAGAUGUGCGACCCCGCCGUGACGGCAUUCGAGCCAGAGGCGCUGGGGAACCUGGUGGAGGGCCUGGACUUCCAUCGCUUUUACUUUGAAAACUUGUGGUCCAAAAAUAGCAAGCCGGUGCACACCACCAUCUUGAACCCUCACAUCCACCUGGUGGGCGAGGAGGCGGCGUGCAUCGCGUACAUCCGCGUCACGCAGUACAUCGACGCCAACGGGACGCCACGCACCGUCCAAUCGGAGGAGACCAGGGUGUGGCACCGCCGCGACGGCAAGUGGCAAAUCGUCCACUUCCACCGCUCAGGCUCGCCCUCCACGCUCAGCAAGUACGACGCCGCUUGGCCGCUAGCGGGUUGGCGUGUCGGGAGUUGCUUGCUAACGUCCUGCGUGGCCAAUCCUCGGAAAGGUCACCAUCACCAUGACAACCGAUUGAUGGACAGCAGCAGUUCGGUCACGGCGACAAGGCGGAAGAGGAGGAGCCGAGGGCGGGGCCAAAGUGCGACCACCCGUCAUUGUUCAUCCGUCCCCUGACCAAUCAGACCGCCCCUUUUUUUUCUUCCAGCACGCUCGCCUGUUGUGAACUCUUUGAUCUGUUGUCACGUGACCGACAAUUGACAGGACGCUUCCCUCACUGCAUGCGUCACAGCGCCCCCCCUGUGGCUGGAGGGCUUUAUAUCUUAGCAUAGCGGGUGAAAAGUGGAUUGUAUUUUUAUUGAAUGUAAACAGACCGGGAGUGACUGGCCCGUGUGCUUGUGUGUUUUUUGAUAUGUAACCAGCAGGGGGCGCUAUGACAGAGCCCAGUGGUGGUGGUGGCUGUUGUUGUGGCAAUUGGUUCCAUCCAGACGCUUCCGCCAUCUCUGACCUCGCGAGCUUCCAUACACGUCUGCACUUAGACUCCUCCCAUUGGAUGGGUGAGGGGGGGGUUCUGCCUCCGGGCCUCGCCCCCUCCGCUACAUUUGGGCGGAGUCUAAAAUAACUAGGAUGUAGUCAUAAUUUAAUUUUUUUGCCAGGGGUUUCUAGCUUAUUAGUUCAAUUAAAGAGCUUUAAUGAUAAAUUAGCUUCUUCUGUGUGCAUGUGUUAGUGCAAGUUUGUAUGUGUGUGUGUGUGUGUGUGUGUGUGUGUAGAUGGGUGGGUGGGGGGGGUAAUUGUGUGCGUGCGUCUGCGUGUUUAUGCACGUGUGUCUGUGAGCGCGGGUCGUGGUAUAUUUGUUUUUGUGUCCACGCGUGCGCGCAUUUCCUGCUUUCUAUUGCAUGCGUUUGAAUUUGACAAGCAACUUCCUGUUUGAAGCUCUGUAGUCAUGUAACUUUUGGCUCGUUUACAUUCAAGUAGACAAAUGUUUAUAUUCUUUUAUUUUUCAUGGAUUAUCUAUAAGAUGGUCAUUCCUGGUUGGAUGUUCACGGCUAGUCGGCAGUGUUUGAAUUUUCUUCGUUAGCUCGAACUCCUUCGAAAGUGAAACCUGGCGUGUUGCGUGGAAAUCUUCCCACCGUUUUGAUUGGCCGCCGUUGAUUUCGGUAACGGGCAGGAAAUGGCUUUUAUUUUGUAAUUUAAUUGCACUUUUUAGCUUUGCCUGAAGUGAAGGCAAAUUUGACUGCGUUUUAUUUUUUUUUUGUUCGGCUAGCGGCAUUCGAAGUGAAAUUUUCUCGUACCCCCCCCACCCCCCGGUGGAAACUUUCCCGCGGUUUUGAUAGUGCGCCGACGUCAUCGCGCGUCUCGUUGAUGAGCAAGCAAAAGUUUUUCUUUCUUUUUCGGCUUUUAGCAGCUGUCGCUUGGGCUCUGAGCCAAGACGCUAACUCGACCGGGGUCGCUAAACAUGCUAACGGUCACGUCUCUCAGGUGAAGCGACGGAACAGAAAAUGUUAUAUAUAUAUAUAUAUAUAUAUAUAAUAAAUUAAAAGUCAGUGUUGUGACGUGUCAGCGGCUGCAUGCUCGCUGUGUAAAAGGAAGUGAAUAUGAUAUGCGUGUGUGUGUGUGCGCACGCAGGAGAGAACAUGCAUGUUUCUCCUGCGUUUUGCCCUACUGUUGUCAAAUUUUAAAAAUCUAUUAAAAAAAAUAAUCACAGCAACUGA